GUUGCGUCAACCUCCUUUUCCAAAACACAGUACGGUGAGGUUAUUGUUGUCGGUUUAAAACCUCGAAGUUGCCUCUUGGUCUGGAAAGAAAACGCCAUAAUAUGGGAAAGAAGUCGAGGAACGAGAGGGAAACGCCAAUCAAGGAAACGUUUGAGCCGCUAUCCCUUGAGAGCAAAGCCCCAGCAACAGUAGUGCUGCUGUUGAACUCCCCAGAGGAGGACAUUUUAAUCAAAGCGUGUGAAGCGAUCCAGACAUUUGCAGAGAAAGGAGAUGAGAACAAGGUUUCUCUGCUGGGACUUGGGGCAUUAGCGCCUCUCUGCCAACUCAUUACUCACAACAACAAGCUGGUCAGACGCAAUGCCUUCAUGGUCUUGGGCAUCAUGGCCACCAAUGGUGAUGUAAGGACUGCGUUGAAAAAAUUAGAUGCCAUUCCAUCAAUUAUUGAAAAACUAUCACUCGAAGAUGAUACAGUUGUCCACGAGUUUGCAACACUGUGCCUGGCUUCUUUGUCAGAGGAUUUCCUCUGUAAGGCCCAGAUCUUUGACAACAAGGGGCUGCCAACUCUAAUUCAGCUGCUGUCUAGUUCUGACCCAGAUGUCAAGAAGAAUUCACUAGAGACCAUCUCCAACCUAGUACAGGACUACAAAAGCCGACUGGUGGUACACGAAUUAGGUGGGAUCCCUCCACUUCUGCAGCUCUUAAAUUCGGAAUUCCCUGUCAUUCAGCAUUUGGCUUUAAAGACGUUGCAACAUGUCACUACUGACAGAGAUGCAAACAAGACCUUCAGGGACAAGCAGGGAUUUGAGAAGCUUAUGGGUAUCCUGAAUAAUGUGAACGUCAGUGACCUACAUGCUGAGGCCUUACAUGUCCUGGCUAACUGCUUGAGUGACAGUGAAAGUGUCCAACUCAUUCACAAGAGUGGAGGACUGACCAAGUUGAUGGAAUUUGUCCUCACUCCCAGUGUGCCUGAAAUCCGGUCAGGUGUUAUUAAAUGCAUCACCAGGGUGGCUCAGAGCUCUGAGAGCUGCAAAGUGCUUCACGAGCAGGAUGUGGAGACCGUUCUUGUUGAGCUUCUGUCCUUGGAGAACAUUGGUGUGAUGACGUCUGCCUGUCAGGCUGUGGCUGCCUUGACCUUUCACCUAAACAGCAAAGAACGCUUCAGAGAACUUGGUUGUAUCAGUGUCCUGGUUCAACUGCUGAGCAGGGAGAGUUUGGCACUGAGAGAGGCGGCAACCCAGGCCCUCUCUAACCUCACUCAUAACAGCGAGUCAAAUGCCUUUGAAGUGUAUGAGGAAGGUGGCGACAAGCUCCUCAUACAGCAGCUGUAUCAAAGCUGUCCAAAGAUAGUGGCCAAUUCUGCUGCCACACUUUGCAACAUGGCAGAACAUGAGAUCAUCCGCUGUAGCAUCUUGUCACAUGGAGCCAUACAGGCUCUGUUGGAACCCUUGAAAUCUACAGUUACACAAGUCCUGGUAAACACUGCACGUUGCCUGGCAGUGCUGGCCAGUGAUGAAGAAGCUAGGACAGAGCUAGUCAGAGUUGGAGGUCUUCAGCUUCUGGUCAAUCUACUGCAGUCUCACUCCAAGGAGGUGCUUCACAUUGCAUGCUUGGCAGUGAAUGUCUGUGCCAGUGAUGAGCCAACUGCUGUGGAGAUGUGCAAAUUUGGAGCCCUGGAAAUACUUCAGGAAAUCAACCAGUCAAAGACCCGUAGGAACAGUUUCAGUGAGUUGGCUGUGAACAGCCUACUUAACUCCAACUUGUCUUUUAAAUACAGCCUGACAAGUUCUUUGGCCUCCACUGACAUCAUCACCUGUGGCUUCUACGAUGCUGGAAAGGCUCGCCCUGGUCAGAGGAUGCUGACUUUAGAGGAACUGUCCAAGCAACCGGUUAACCAGCGGCAAGCCAUUAUUUUUGUCAACAAAGCAACAGUAUUGCCAGACAGGGAGACAGUAGAUGUGCCAGAAGAGACACAGAACAAGCCAUCAGAGUCAGACGGCAGAGUCAGAGGAGAGCGUAAAACACCAAAGGUGACAGUAGAUGUGCGAGAAGAAACACAGAGCAAGCCAUCAGAGUCAGAAAGCAGAGUUAAAGGAGACCGUAAGACACCAAAGAAGAAGAAGGAAGAGGAACAGAAAGAUUAUGGCCUCAUGAAGAAGAAGGAAGAAAAACAGAAAGAUUAUCUUCAGCCUGAGUCUCCUGUAGAGAAACCACGGGGAAUGAUGGAGGAUGUCUCAUUGCAGAUUCUAAUAAAAAUUGCCAAAGAAUACAUCUUUCCACUGAAUGAUGAAAAAGAGCAGUGUGAAUCCUUAGCCAGGCUGGUGAGCGAAGCCAUGGGGGGAGCAGUGGAGAAGGAAAAGAUGCACGAGUUUUCUUGGAUUCUGCACCUCAGUGAGCUGAAGAUUCAACUUCAGUCUAAUGUUAUUCCCAUUGGUUUCAUCAAAAAGGGAAUCUAUUAUCACAGGGCACUCCUGUUCAAGUCACUGGCUGAUUGCAUUGGACUGAGCUGCACACUUGUUAGGGGAGACUACAACCGUGCUUGGAAUGAGGUUCUCCUUUUCAGUAGAAAUUCCUCCAACAAGCUGCACUCUUCACAGCCCUGCCGCUACAUAGUAGACCUUGUGCACCAACCUGGAAACCUGUUUCCAGUCAAUAGCCCAGCUGCAGUCCAAUAUCAAACUAUAUAAUCAGUACUGUAUUGUUUAAAUACCACAGAAGGUAACGCUUUGACGUUAUAUUUUGUCUGAUGUGCAUCAACCGAUUUAUAUGUAAUGUGUGUUUAUGUGUACAUGAUGUGUGCAUGGCGGACCUCAUCAGUUGACUAUUUUUUUUUCUACAUAUGCAUAAGGAAAGCAAAAUCGUGUCUAUUGUGGUGUUUCUCUAUUAAACACAGUGAUUCAACCUUUGUACUUCA